AUGGCCUCCAACCAGAACCAGGCCAGCUACCACGCCGGCGAGACCAAGGCCCGCAACGAGGAGAAGACCGGGCAGGUGAUGGGCGCGACCAAGGACAAGGCGGGGCAGACCACGGAGGCCACGAAGCAGAAGGCCGGCGAGACCACGGAGGCCACGAAGCAGAAGGCCGCCGAGACCACGGAGGCGGCCAAGCAGAAGGCCAGCGAGACGGCCGAGGCCACCAAGCAGAAGGCCGCCGAGGCCAAGGACAAGACGGCGCAGACGGCGCAGGCGGCCAAGGAGAAGACGUACGAGACGGCGCAGUCGGCCAAGGAGCGCGCCGCCCAGGGCAAGGACCAGACCGCCAGCACCCUCGGCGAGAAGACGGAGGCGGCCAAGCAGAAGGCCGCCGAGACCACGGAGGCGGCCAGGCAGAAGGCCGCCGAGGCGACCGAGGCGGCCAAGCAGAAGGCGUCGGAGACGGCGCAGUACACCAAGGAGUCCGCCGUCGCCGGCAAGGACAAGACCGGCAGCGUCCUCCAGCAGGCAGGGGAGACGGUGGUGAACGCCGUGGUGGGCGCCAAGGACGCCGUGGCCAACACGCUGGGCAUGGGCGGGGACAACACCAACACCACCAAGGACAACACCACCGGCGCCACCACCAAGGACACCACCACCACCACCAGGAAUCACUAG